GGCGUCCCACACCAACCACACAACGAGGGAGAGAGAGCACCAAACCGUCUCGCAUCCAUCCAUCCGUCCAUCACAAUCAAACCAUUACCCAUACCAUUCCCAUACACACAUCAACGUCGACAACCAAAGCGAGACGGAUGGCGGCCGUCGCGAAAACAUCCGCGGAAGCCUCCAAUCGCCUGUCUGUGGCUGUCUGUGUCGGUGUGCUGUGUGGUGCAUGGCAUCGAUCCAUGGGUGUCUGUUUGUCUGUGUGUGUCAGGUCAUCUGAACUGCGGCCUCUGCUGGUAGCCGCCGCCGGGUCUGGGGCCCUGGCCCUGCUGAGUGGUCGAGAUGAUGUGGAUGUUGGGCAGAUCCAUCUUCAACUCCCUAGCGAGGGACGGACAGAGGGACGGAGGGACACACCAAGAAGACCGUCACCAUGUGGAUGAAUGGAUGGAUGGAUGGAAGGAUUGCCCUAUCGGCGGAUCUGUCUGCCUGUCUGUCUGUCUGUCUGUGGGCCUGUGUGUGCGUAUGUGUGUGUGUGUGUGUGUGUGUGUGUGCCCCUUCCUCCCUCUCUACAUACUUGAGCAUUUCCUUGGUGUCUGCGUCGACGUGGAUGGAGUCGGUCUCGACCUCUGACCGCUCGGGGAUGAACUCCAUCCGCCGCUCCCGCUCCUCCUCCUGGAGCUUCAAAGAGAUGCCUCGCACGGGUCCCUUCUGGAUGCGCUUCAUCAAAUGCUAACACACACACACACACAUGGCAGAUAUCAGCAAAGCGAGGCUCUCGUAUGGUGUGGCGGCUGGAUUGGGUGUGGUCGUUCGUACAGUGACGAAGCCGGCGAUUUUGUUCCUGAGUCGCUUGGAGGGGAUGAUGCCCACCUCCUCCGAGAUCUUCUUGUUGAUCUGGAAGUCCAGCGUCAGCCUACACACACGCACACGGUAGAUCUGUCAUCUGCGGCGGCGGGUGCGUGUCUGUGUGUGUGCUCACUUGGAGUAGUACUUCUCCACUAUCAUCCGCGCGGCCCUCUUGACCGUCUUGGUGCGCACACGACCCUGACACACACAACCAACACACAGCAGACGACAAACGGCGAGAUUCGGACUCGCUGCAGGCUGCGUGCCUGUGGCUCACCAUGGUGGUUCACACACAGGCGUUGCUGCGUUGGCGCGUCGAUGCCAAAU